AUGGAAUUGCUCUCAAGUGGGUGCUUUACGUUGGAUCAAAAUUUGAUGGGAUACGUUCAAACAACGCAAUCAAUCACAAUUCCUGAGUGUCUGAUUUGUAAUGAAGAAUACUCAAUAGAAAACUCACAAAGAGAACCAUUCAUCCUCCACUGUGGCCACGGAAUAUGUAAUGGGUGUUUUGCUAAAAUGUCAAAACCAAUAACCCAUCCGGGCUUUGAAUAUACUCUCAAAUGUCCACAAUGCCAACGGAGCGUCGCUUAUGCUCAAGAAUCAUGGGAGAAUCCAUUGAAAGUCUUUUUGCGAGAACUGUCCGAGGAACGACAAAUUGAAUUGAAAAGAACAUGUGAUGAUUGCGAGAAAGAGGCGCCUUUGUUUGAAAUGUUUCAAUGUAACGAUUGUGGAAAAGUAAUGCUUUGCUCUUUAUGUGGAAUGAAAAAGCAUCGACAGCAUAAAAUUGUCGAUUUGGAAGUUGUGGAGGUGAAGAAAUUGAUGAAUGCAACUUAUGAAGUGAUUACCCCGCAAAUUAAAGCUUAUGACGUCUGUUUUCCCGAACUUCAAGCGGAUUUGAUUAAAAAAAUCCACAAUUUUCAAGCGAAAGCUCUUGAAAAAGCCGGCAAAAUUGAGGGGUUAAAUUAUUAUCCAGCAGAGUACGAAAAGGCGGAUUGCUUAGGUAUUGGUGAGGAAUUUGAGGGGAUUUGUGAGAAAUAUUUGGGCGAUUUGCGAUUAUGUAACACUGGGAUUGAGAAGCUGCUCAGCAAAUUCAAUGAGUCAGAA